GGACCAUCAAUUGCAAGAACGAGCACUCUGACUCUCAGGGGCCUCGUGCGAGUCAUCGAAGAAGAGAUCCAACUCCACGAUGGUCCCAUCACAGCGGAGACGAAGAACGCCAUCCAUCAUGCCCUGGCCGCCUUCGACGGCAACAUGAACGAUCUCCAGCCCUUUGUCCACUUUGAUCGGACGCGAAACUACACGCGCAACCUCGUGGCCACCGACAACGUGUCCUAUUCGCUCAUCAUGCUGUGCUGGAACAAGGGCAAGUACAGCCCAUUCACGACCACCCUUCACUACGAAAGCGACGGCGAGGCGCUCGUGGAGUCGGCGAACGCGCUCAUUUCUCACGGCGUGUCGUACAUGGACGACUCGCUGGGUCUGCACAAAGUGGGCAACCCCAGCGAAGACGUCGACGCGAUCACAUUGCACUUGUACGCGCCACCGUUUGACCAGUGCCGACUGUGGCACGACCCCCAGGAUGCGACCAACGCUACCACAGCCAUCGCCACCUACGACACCAUGUUUGGAAAUCGACCAGUGUAG